UUGGCGGCCAUAUUGAAUAUUAUCUGUUGACAGUUGUGCACCUCACAGAUUUUUUUUUGUUUUGGCUAACUUGUGCUAAAAGUUGUGCUUUCUAUUUAGUUCUUCGUCCUAAGCUCGUCAAUGGUUUUGCUUAAACCAAGACAUGGAUGAAGAUGAACGUCAGAGGAAACUAGAAGCAGGGAGAGCAAAGAAAUUAUCCAACAUGCCACGCAACCAACCGCUUGCUAGCUUCAGACAGAAGCGGGCGAAAAGUGUCAGUGCGGGGGCGUCGAAAAAGACGUCGAAGAGGAAGGGUCCUACUGUCCCGAAGAAUGACGUCUCGACGCAAAAUUGUCACGUAGAACCAGCACCUCCUUCAGCAAAUGACGCAGAGCUGGAGAGCAAGACCAAUCAUAACCAGGAGCUCCAGGAACCAGAGAGAGCUGAGCCUGGGCCAACCCAACAACAGAAGGAUGAGGCCUCCGACCUGGAGGAAAACCUAUCCUCUGGGGAAGAGCUGAGAGAUGAGGAGCUGCUGGCACUUACAGAUAAAGAUCAGCUGAAGCAAUUGCAGCAGGCUGUGGAGAAACGAAAUGAGAUAAUUGCUAAGCUCAGCUCCAACCUUCAGGAUGCUCUUGCCAGCAGAGACCAGGUACAGAUGGAGGCCCAGUCUCUAGCUGGACAGAUCCAGUCACUGCAGAAACAGCUCCAGCAGACCAGUGCAGACUUUCUAAGAAUUAAAAGUCAAUCAGAGGCUGAAGUCCUUAACACUUGUCGGCAGCAGAUGCCAAACAGCAACUCGUCCUUAUGUGGAGACCUCAGGCAUGAGGACAUCGUCAACACUUGUCGGCAGCAGCUGCCAAACAGCAAAGGUGGAGACCUCAGGCAUGAGGACAUCGUAUCAGAGGGAUCGGGAAGAGAAGGACCUGUUUCUCGGUCAUGUGUUAAAGUCCAUGACAAUGACAUGGAAAAUGUUUUGCACAAACUGAGGGCUGAAGUUGAACAAGAAAGACAAACAUGCCAGUCAUUAUCUGCUAAACUAACGGAGGAGCUGGAGAAACACCAACAUCUGCUUUCAUUGUUGGAACAGGAGAAAAAAGGCAGAGAGGAUGAACGAACAGAGAAGGAGUCACAGUUACAAAACCUCAGGACUCAACUGAGCCAAGUCCAAUCCCAGUGUGUGGAGAUGCAGCAGUACAAAGAAGAAAAGGAAAAUCUGAACAGGGAAGUGCUUGAGUUGAAGAAAAGACUUCAGGAGGAGGAAGAUGGAGAAAGGAGACAAAGAGAAGAAUUGGCCACUUUUGCCCUUCAACUCCAGAGCCUCGAAGAGGAAAGACGCACACAAGACGUGGAGAUGAAAAGGCUCAAGGAAGAGCAUAGUGAGGAAGUGGAGAGAGUCAGGCACCUCCUGCAGGAGAAGGAGAACGAAGAUAAGUUCAGAGAGGACGAGAUCAUUGAACUGAAAGAAUAUAAGAACCUGCAGAACAAAGUCGAGGCUGAUUUAAGUUACGGUGACGAUGUCGGCGAAGGUGACGACCUGACAUCGGUGACGGAAACUGGACCUGAUCAGGACAGUAUGAAUGUAGUAGUACCACAGGACCUGAUCUUGGAGAAAUAUUUGACAUCUGUUCCUAUCGCACACUCUCAGUUUUCAUUAGUCAAUGAGAGCAUUGAACACUGCAGCCAGCUUGACAUUUCUGCAGACCAAAGCUUUGAGCUCAACAGUGAAUUGUUUGGGGAAGAGCCCUUGUUGUCCAUUUCAAGCCGCCCCCUCAUUGAAGUCGAUGACGUCCAAAACCUCUCUAGCUCACCGUGCUACGUCCCUAUGGAGGACGGCUCAAAUCCACACUGGCCGCUCAACUCCACCUGUGAAGAUCUGGAUGAGAGUAAACUGUCAGAGCAGCAGACAGACCUGGAGAAAGUGCUGCUGCAUCAGCAAUGCGGUGACCUCCACGAGGAGCUGGCUCUCAAGGACAGAGACCUAAAUGUCCUGAGAGAAGAAGUUGUCAAGACCACAGAAGAGCUGGAGGAGGCCAGGAGCAGAUGGGCCCAAGUAACGGAAGAGCUCAGACAGGCUCUCUGGGAACUGGAAGAGGAGAAGGAGAAGAGGAGACAGGCAGAGGAGAUGACCUUAAACACACACGAACUAGACAGUCUUCAGAAUGACAUGAGUGUCCAGACAGAGAAAGGAGAAAAAGAAAUGGCAGAAUUUCACACAGAGAAGGAAGUUGUUAAAAAUCUCACACUUGUUUCUUUGGAGAGAGACCUGCCUGGAGAACAGGAAGAGGAGGAGAAGGGGGAGUACAAGGACGCUGUACACCUCUCUGAUCAAACACAAUCAGAGCUGCUUGUUUCGUCACUGCAGGAAAGCUAUGGCAGCAACCAGCUGCAGACACUACAGGAACAUUGUGAAAAUCUCCAGUAUGACCUUGAAGAAACAAAGUCCAAGCUCAGAGCUGCCUUGUUGACACAGACGACCUCAGAUGCAACAUUACAAGAGCUCGAGACCACACGUGCACAGGUUCUAAAUGUACAAGCAGAGUUGGACAGACUUCAGAAUGACCUGGAGAAGAGCCGAAUCAAUUUGGACUGUGCUGAGAAAGAGAAGGAGGAGUUAGAAUCUCAAGUUUUUUGCCUGAAACAAAACCUGGCAAACUUGGAGGAGGCUCAGGCCCAGGUGGUUCAGGAGAAGGAGGAGCACAAAAGAAAAGGUGAAGAGAUGGAUGAGCGCAUUAAACAGAUGGAACAAGUGCUGGAGGAGGAACUUGAACAGUUUGAGAAUCUGCUAAAAGCCAAAGAUAUAGAGUUGGUGGAGGAGAAGGAGAAAUGGGAGGAAGAGAAGCAGGAGAAGGAGAAAGAGCUGCUGGAGGUGAAAAAUCUCUUGGAAAUACAGAGGAAAGAAAAGGAAGAGGAGCUAAAGUUUCUUCUGGAGAAGCAGGUCCAGGCUGUAGAGGAUGUAGAAGAGAAGCUCAGGUCAACUCACCAACAGGAGCUGAAAACACUGAUGGAGAAACAUCAACAAGAGAUUUCAGAGUUAAACAUCCACUUGGAAAAUGAACUGCUGAAGCAGCGGGCAUCUAUAGAAGAAGAACAAAAGAGACAGAUCAGUCUGAUCAAACAGGUGACGGAGCGUGAACACGAGAGGGCAGUGUCAGAGCUGACUGUCAAACACAGUGAGGAGCUCAGUCGUUUAAAGACAGAACUGUCCGUAGAGCUGAGGGAGAGCUUGGAGGCUGCUCAUGACGCUGAGCUGCAGCAGGUGCAGGCACAAAAACUGAUUGAGUUUGAAGCCCUGCGCCUAAGUCUGACCACUGACCACGUGUCUCAACUUGACCGCUCGCAAACCAUCCUGCAGGAGGAGCAGGAGUCUGCACUGAUUCGGGCUCAGGCCUCCAUGAGGGAGACAUUUGCCCAGGAGAAAAAAUCUCUGCAAGCUGAGCAUCAGCUAGAACUGGACCGGCUCAGACAUCAGAACCAGGAGCACCUGGAGAUGCUGAGAGAGCAGCAGCAAAGAGAUUUGGAUGAGUUGAUACAGACCUGGGAGACUCGUGUUGCUCAGGAAAGAACCUCAAUGGAGGAGAAGCAUGUCGGGGAGAUCGAGGCACUAAGGUUAAAGUGUAAUGAAGAGGCUGAGGCUGCUCGGUCAAUCCUCCAGACCUCUCUGUCACAGAGCCAGGACAAUCUCACCAACACCCAACAAUCCCUCGUAGAAGUGAAGAAAUCUCUGUCUGAAGCCCAGUCACAGCUGCAGGAGUCACAGACCAGACUGGAGGAGCUCCAGGUCUCCAGUAAAAAGGAGAACCAAAAACUAGAGGAGGAGCUGAAACAAGCCUGGGCCGACAGAGAUGCUGCAGCAUGUUCUCUGGAGGAAUUGGUUUCCAGCCAUAAGGCAGUACUACUGGAGAAAAACCAGCAAGUGCGACACCUAGAGGAGAUGGAAAGGCAACUGCAACAAGAGGUUCUGAAUGUUCAGAAGGAGAAGACCUUGUUGAAACAAAGCUCUGAAGAAGAGGUCAGUGGACUCUGGACUCAGCUGGAGAACAUGAGGGCGAGUCGCCAAGAGCUGGGAGAGCUAAAAGAGCAGCUUCUCGCUCGCUCAUCUCGUGUGGACGACAUUGAAUGUCUGAAAGCAGAGUUCAACAAACAAAAACGAGGAAUCAAGGAACAAAAUGAGGCUGAGCUGGAGAACCUGAGAAGGUACUUUGAGAAGCGGCUACAGGCAGCAGAAGAGAGUUACAGAGAGGAACUUGCUCUUCUCCAGCUGAGGCUGGUACAAGGUGCUCUGGAGGAGUCUGUGCUUUCAACUGCAAAUGACAGUUUCAUCUCACAAAAUGAAAAUAAGGAGGAAAAUGAAACCAGCCUAAACCAAGAAAAACACACGGACUUACUGGACACCUUACAACUUCAGAUGGAGGAAAAACAUUCUAUGGAUUUGUCAAACCUUCGAUCUUCUCUGACUGUGUCCUUUGAGGAAGAAGUGCAGCAGGUGCGCUCUGAGCUCACGGACCAUUACUACGUGGAGCUGCAGGAGAUGAAGACUCGCCAUGCCCUGGAGAUGGAGCAACUUAAAGCUAAAGUCUCUGAAGGUCACUUGCGAGAACUUACGAGAAUCCAAGCAGAAGCUUCCAGACAAGUGGAGGCGGAGAUUGAAUUGAGGCUGUGGUGUCACAGUGAGGAGCUGCACAGCAGGUUGACAAUCAUCCAUAACCUGGAGAAUAGAUUGGCUGCCUUAAACGAACAAUACAAAGCUGAGGUUCAGAACACACAAAAGAUGAAAAAGGAUUUUGCUGCGGAGCUCAGUAAUCUGGAGGAGGCUCUAAAUGAAGAGCGUGAACAAGUUGAUGAGAUGAGGAGGCUGAGAGAAGAACUCCAACAGAAGCAUGACGCUGAGAUAACUGCUCUGAGGUCAGACCUUGACACAGGAGCUGAGGAGAGGGCACACGGUGAAAAAGCGCUUUCAGAGGAAAAACAACACGUCACGUCUCUACAGACUGCGCUGGACAACCAUGAGAAUUCACAGGGGCUGACAGUAAGUCACAGCAGAGGAGAACAGGAUAUGAAUAAUCAAACAGAGGUCAUGAAGCUCAGCAAUGGCCUACAGGAGCCGAGUGACGAGCAACUGCAGCAAACAGCUGAGAAGUUUGAGAAAGAAAAACAACUGUUGGAGCAGAGUUUGGUCCAGAAAUAUGAAACCUCUCUGGCAGAGCUGAGGAACAAACAUCAAAAUGAGCUGGAACAUGAAAGGGCAAAUCUACAGAACAAACACGCUGCAGAAUUGGAUGCCCUCAGCGUGAAGCACAGAGAACAGAUAGAUUCACUCAGUGCCAGUCACAGAGAUCAGCUUAGAGAGACGAGAGCUGACCUUGAAUCACAACACAAUGCUCAGAUUGUUGCGCUGGAAUCAGCCCUCCAUUCCAAACAAACGGCAGACCUUCAAAGUCUGGAGGCCGCGUUAUUGGAAACCAGUCAAGCUCAGCUUGAAGCUUUGGAAGCUGAGUUAACACGUAAGCACCAAGACGAGAAGGAUGAAUUGGAGAAAAGGCUGCUGGGUAACAUGGACACCUUGGAGGCUACAUACCUGAAGGAAGUGCAGUUGCUUCGUGAUGAACUGAUGCAGCUGGAAGAGAAGCACCAAAAAGACCUGAGUCACCAAAUAUCAGAGAGGGAGGAGCUGAGGAAGGAGAUGGCUCAGGUGCACAUGGAGAAGUUCAGUGCCAUGGCGGUAGAGUUCACCCAUGUGCACAAGGCUGAGCUGGCUGCCCAAAAAGAGUCCUUGGACAUCGACCACUGUAAAGCUUUGGAGACACUGAAGAAGCAGGUUCUAGAACUUGAACAGCAGCACAACAAUGCUCUCCAGGAACUGACACACACCUACAGUGCAGAGAAAGAACACCUUAUCCAAGAACAUCAGCUCAAGCUGCAGGAUUUGAAGAGUGUCUCUGCCCGAGAGCUUGAGGCCUGUCGUCGAGAGCUUGAAGAGGAAUCGUCAAGGCAACGUCAGCACUUUGUUGAAGAGGUGGAGCUUCUCAAAAUCCAAUCAGAGGAGAAGUUACAGGAUAAAAUUAAUCAGCUAAAGACGGAGUUUGAGGAUCAAAAAGAGGUGGAGCUUGAAGACCUGAGGCGGAGCUUCACGUCUGAACAGCAGAAGAAGGAGCAGAGCUACACGGACAAAAUGAGCCAACUGACCACACAGCUGCAGCAGCUUGAUGCUGUGGUCACCCAGCUGCGGGCUGAGGUUGACUGUCUGCAGGGAGAGUUGGAAGGAAAGCGUGCUGAGAUGGAGACCCUGGACACUCUUCUUCAACGGAGGGAGCGAGAAAGUCAGGAGGGAGGCAACCUUCUGAAAAUGCUCACUGAUGAUUUACACUCUGCCAAAGAAGAAAGACACAAACUGUACAGAGCUAAUGAAAAGCUGAGUAAGGUGCUGAUUGACAUGGUACGUGGCACUGUUGCAACUGAAGAACUAAUUGGACAAAAGAUCAGUGCCAAAACUGUUACAUCUCACCAGAAGAGCUCAGUGGGGAUAAAAGACUCAGAGGAGUCAGGUAUUACAGUUGGUGACAUGUCAGCGGAGGAACAGGAGCUGACGCAGCUUCUCUGCGAGAGCCUGCUGGUCUCAGAUUCUCAGGUCUCUCCUGAAGGAGAAGAAGCUGCUCUAAAUGCCUGCAGUAGACUGCGAAACACUGUGUGCACUUUACUAGAGCUGCUCAACCACGCUAACACGCAGCUGGAGGAGACUCAUGAUGUUCAUCUUUCUCUGGAGGAAAAGUUCUCUCAGGGCAGAGAAGACUCAACCCAGCUCCUUAAGCAGCACAAGCUCUUGGCAGAGCAGCUUGAGCAGGAGGCGAAGCUCAAGAGUCAACUCCAGCUGGAGCUGCACAAGGCCGAAGGUCUCCUUGAUGGAUACAUGGCUGAGAAAGUGACCUUGGAGGAGUCCCUGCAGCUGAGGGAGGCCCAAGAGGAGAGACUUGUAGAGGAGUUGGAGGAUCUUAAAAAGAAGCUGCGACGGAUGGAGAGUCUCAGCGGAGAGCUGGACAGCCUCAGACAGAAGCACCAGGAGCUCAGUGAAGAGAAUUCCAUUCUCCUCCGUCAGAAAGAGCAUCUGUGCUCUGACCUCGGGGAAAGAGAGAAAGCUCUGCUUGCAGAAACUGAGCGUUUGGCUCAGGACAGACUGGACUUGCAGCGACAGGCUGAGAGAGAUCACCGGUCGCUGUCUCAGCGCCUGCGUGUGUUGGAGAGAGAUUUGGAGGAGCAGGAAACAAAGGGUCUGGAGACGGAGCUGCACCACAAGACCCACACUGAUGACCUCAACCAGCACGUCCAGGCACUUGAGAAACAGCUGAAGCACGAACGGCAGUUUAUACAGGAGCAAACUGUAGAGCGUGAACAUGAGAGAGAUGAGUUCCAGCAGGAGAUCAGGAGACUGGAGUCCCAUCUCAGACAGACUAGUGUGGAUAACAAAGGAAACAAGUUUGAGGACUUGGCUCUGCAGGUGGAAAGUCUACAAGCCAUCAUCAAAGACAAGAUGGAGGACCACGCCUCCUUACUUGCAGCCAACCAGCAGGCUCAACGUGAUGUCGCAGAGCGCAACGAAGAGAUUGACAAGAUGGCUGGACGAAUCAGAGAGCUGGAACAAGCUCUGCUCAACAGUGCAGACAAUAACAGAGCCAUCAGUGAACUUGAACAAGAACUACACAAAACCAGGCUUCGAGAACAGGAGCUGACACAAGAUAAGCAGGCGCUGGAGCAGCAGCAGCUCUCCAACAAGCUUCAGAUCUCAGCCCUGCAGUCCAAACUGGACGAGACCAGACACUGUUACCAUGACAACAUGCGUGACCCCACCCAGGAGCUGAGAGAUGCUUUGGACACAGCUCAGCAGAGCUUACAGAACAAAGAGCGAGAGGUUGAGACUGUUCUUUCUCAACUGGAGAAUGUUCAGAGCAGCCUGAUCAUCAAAGAGACUGAACUCAAACAUCUCACUCUGCAGCUGGAGCUGCUGUCCAAUCAGAAUGCAGCUCGUGUGAACGAGCUCCAAGAAGAGAUUGCUGCUCUGAAGGAGAACGUUACUGCCCUAACUUUACUCCAAGAAGAGAGAGAUGAACAAAGUGAGGUGGAGGAGACCAAGGAGGAAACCCUGCCCUCAGCGCUUCUACAAGAGAAGAACCAGGAGAUUGACCACCUUAAUGAUGAGGUUCAAAGACUUGAACAAGAACUUGAGAACAUCAAGAACAACAAGAAUCUGGAGGUUGAGCUUGAUGAUCUCCGCUCACAGGUGGAACAUCUUCAGUCUGAAAUAACAAGGUUGCGUCAAGACAAAGAGGAGGAGGAGGAGCGUCUUCAUGAGGUCAUCAGUACGCUGCAGGCAGAACUGGCCACACUGGGACCCAACCUGCACGAAGUCAGUGACUCUCAGGACGGUGACAGCAUCAACCCUUCUCCUGCCCGAAGUCCUGAACCUCAGCAGGAUCAGCAGAGGAGGAGUGAACCGAGUAGCCUGAAGCAGGAGCUCAGUCUCAUUCACUCUGCCUCCUCUCGGUCACUCCGGUCUCGUCUCAAAGUGUUACAGGGUCAGCUUGAGACUGCGUUGGCAGAAAGAGAGGGAUUGGAGCGAUUACUGCUCACCCAGGAGGAGGAGUACAAAGGACACGGGCAGGAGCUGGGGAAAAGGCUGAGAGCUGAGAAAGAAAAGGUGGAUGAACUUCAGGGUCUCCUUAACCUUAAGGAAGCUGAGCUGGAGGAGAUGAAAGUACAGGUGGAGGAAGAGAAGAACAAGAGGAAAGUUACUGAGAAAGAGAAGGAAAAGUGGGAAUUUGAGGCUAAAGAGGCAGCUUCCAUGCAUGAGGAGAAGGCUCAUCUCAACACUCAGCUCACUGAGCUCCAGAAUAAGGAACUGGAGCGUGUGAGAGAGAUCGAGACCCUUAAAACAAAAGAGCAGAAUACAGAAAUCGAAAUAAGUGUCCUGAGAGAAACCAGUCUCACACUUGAGAGACAAAUUCAGGAGGUGAGAGCGGAGUUGGUCGACAUGGAGAAACUGGUUGAUGUCAAACAGGCAACGGUCCAAACACUUGAAGCUGCAAAUAAGGAGCUUUCUGCUGAGAAUGAAGACCUCAGGAGGAGAGGGCAACAACUCCAAGAUGACACCGAACAGCUCAAGCAGGGAGUGGCUUCACUUAGGAGUCGUGUCCAGGAUGUGACUGUUGAGCUUGAAGAAAAGAAAACGCUUCAAGAGGAGGCUCAAAAAGAGAUACUGACUCAUGCUGAAGUGACCCUGGCUAAAGCCGACGGUGCCUUGAGACAGAAGGAGGAUGAGCUCAUCAAACUGAAGGAAACACAUGAGGCCCUGAGGACAGAGCUGACCACAGUCAAACAGGAUCUCAGCGUCACUGCAGAAAGGGCUGAGAUACUGCAGGAGGAUGGACAGAACAAAGACCGUGCCGUUCUUGACCUGGAAAAUGAUAACCAGCUACUAAAAGCAGAGCUUCAGAGUUUACAGGAGAGUCUGGCUGUGCAGGAAGAAGAACUGGCCAAUCAACAGAAGGAAUUAAAACAACUGCAACAGCGCUGUCAAGGACAGGGAUACAAACAGAAGGACUUUUCUCACAGAGCUUUUGCUGACAUUGUGAGUGUCUCCCACGAUGAAGUCUCUCUGAGUUCUCCAGAAGUACUGAGGAGACAGGAAUGUUUGGAGGAUAGAGUCCUUGAACGUUUUCAUGCUUCCAUUCUGGAAUCCCGUCUUUCUGAGCUCAGUGCUCUGAACAGCACAGGCCUGACUUUGCCUCAGAUCAAGACCUCUCCCAGGCUUGUGAUGGAGCCUCCUCAAUCUCGGACCCUCACACCAGACCCACCCUCACACAGUACACACUCUCCACGUACAGUGUCGGCCUCUGACAACUAUUCUAUCAUCGACUCCCUUUAUACUGAUAAAGCAGAAGAUUUGGAAGAACUCGACCUCACAACACCUUCAUCUCCACUCGGCUCAACCUCCUCCAUGUCAGCACCAGAGUGGGCCAGUGAUGGAUAUGGAAGCAAUGUGAGUUCAGAGUUGGGUGCGAGGCUGCGAGAGGAGCUUGAACACACUGAAAGACUGGAUGCUCAGUUUGUGGAAUAUCUGCGCUGCAGAGGAAUGAACCCGGCAGCAAACACAGACAGUGCUGCAGGCAGCAUGAGCUACAGUGAUGACUUGCUAUCACCAGAGCUUCAGGGUCUGUUGAAGAAAGUGUAUCAGGAGAGCUGCAGAAUCCUCACCUUAUCCCAGCGGCGUCCCACUUCGUCCAGCCAGUCUCAUGCUUUCUCACUGAGUCAGAAUCAGUGUCUAAGUAUAGGUGGUCCCAGUCUGAUGGACCAGCAGGACAAAACAUCCUCAAACCCGCCCAUGACCUGGCAGCAGGAGAAGAAGGCGCUGCAGGAGACUGUGAUUGCUCUCAGAGAGCUGCUGUGUCGAAUGGCACAGAGACAAACACAACAUUUCAACAAAUCUGAACAAGAGUGGCAGCGUUAUCAGCUACCGGCUGAUGUACAGAUUGAGACUCGGUUACAAACAGAGCUGGAGGAGAGUCAGAAACAACUGAAAUGCGCUCUGGAGACUCGCCAAGAACAACACAAUAAAAUUCAUUCACUCAGACAAGCUAUAGAAGAAGGUGAGGAAGCUUUGAAGAGAGAGCAAACCAAAGUCCACGAGCUUCAACAACAACUGGAGCAAGAGAGAGACCUGACUGUCCGUCAGCACAAACAAGGAGAAGAAAGAAAAGAGGCUUUGCAAGUAUCCCUAGAAGGUCAGAGGUCAGAGGUCACGGCUCUAAAGAGUGAGGUCGAGCAGGAGAGAGUGAUCUCCAGCAACCUCAGACGAGAGCUUCAGAUUGAACAGUCUCGCAGUGAGAUGUUGGAGAAACGUGCGGACGACGCCCAGAGGCAGUUUGAAGACGAGCGCCAGCGAUCUGUAAACCAGCAGGACGUCUACUUGAAAGAAAAUUCUCACCUCCAACAUCUCCUGACUGUAGCUGAAAGUCGCUUAAGUGAGAUCCACUCCAAACUAGCUGAAGCUCACAACAAGCUGGACGAAGAAAGAGACCGCUGCUCCAGGCAGGUGGAGGAGCUCAGUCGCAGACAUGAGGCAGACGCAGCCAGAGACCGGACGUUCAUCUCUGAGAUGCGUGCCCAGCUCGAGCAGGAGCGAAGGCAAGGGGAGGAGCUUGCAACCUUGACGAACAAACUCAGGGCCGAGUUGCUGGACUGCAGGAGGAAAUGGGAAGAGAAGGACAGAGCGAGGAGAGAGGAGCUGCAGAGAGAACAAGAGGCUGCAACUCGGUGUCGUGUAGCUGCAGAGACAUUGAAGAUACAGAAACAGGAGGCUAGGCAUGAUUUGGAGGUGGAGCGAAAGCGAUCCAAACAUCAAGGAGUGGAACUUGCGGAGCUGAAGGAGAAAAUUCAAGUAAUGAAGGACAACGAGAGGGAGAGAGAGGAGCAGUGGGAGCGGGAGAGGACGAAAGGAAAAGAGGAGCAGAUGGAGAGGGAGAGACGACAGGCGAGAACUAAUAGCAAACUGAGUGAACUAGAGUUGUUGAGGCAACAGGAUCAGCAGUGUAUGCAGGAGCUGCACAACACCCUGGCAGAGCUGCAGAGAGAGGAGAAGGAGAUGGCUGCUCAGAGGCUUUCUGGUAGAAUAGGCCACAAACACAAGGCUGCAUCUAAACGGCAUCAGGAAAAUCACAUCAACGAUGACGAUGCCCAGGCUGGCAGCUCGCAUCAAAACCAACAGACGCCAUCCAUGCCACCAGCAUCUGGUAUGCUGGACCGGCUGCUAAAUGAGAACUUGGAACUGACGGAGCAAGUAACGUCACUGAGUCAGGAGAGGGCCACUCUCAAACACAAACUCCUGUACCUGGAGACACUACGACACUCGAAGAACGAGCUUGCCAAGGUCACGUCAGAAACUGAAAACAGACCAAUCAGUGAUGUGACUUCCAACCACAAGAUACAGCGUUUGUAUGAGCGAUACCUUCGUGCUGAGAGUUUUAGGAAGGCUCUAGUUUACCAGAAGCGUUACCUGCUGCUGCUGUUAGGAGGUUUCCAGGAGUGUGAACAGGCCACACUGUGUCUCAUAGCUCGUAUGGGAGCUCGGCCCUCCACCAUGCUCACCACACAGCAAAGACCACUCGUGAGAUUUAGGUCUGCUGUGCGAGCAGUUAUCGCUGUAUCAAGAAUGAAAUUCUUGACCAGGAAAUGGCAGAAGGCUAUCAGAAGACUGUCUCUCACUGGUACAGUUAAUGGACAUGCUCAGGCUCCUAAAGUUGAAGUUCUACGUCAGCAGCAGCAACAACAACCAAGAUCAAGUUUAGACUCGCCUCCAAACAGAGAGACGGUGUCAGCUCUGGUUCCACCGAGUAAAUCACCCUUCAGGUUACACAAUAGGACAUACUCUAACUCCACUUUGUCUGGAGGAGCGCCCCAGGAUUCAGAGAGAUCCCUGACGGAAUAUAUUCACCAUCUUGAAAAAGUUCAGCAGCGUUUACUUGGAAAUAAGGAAGUAGGCAAGGCUCAUUUAGCCGUGCCCCCUAAAGAGGAACGGAGGAUACAGUCCGCCUGUUCCCCUGAUAUGAUUGGUUACCGGCAGCGCUGGCUGCAGGAGAACAGGACGUGGCUGUACCUGAGCUGCCUGUCGCCACGUUACCUGAACGGUCCAGGGUCAUCUCUUCUCCACUUCAACCAGAAGUAACACGUCCACAGCAAAAGAAUGUCACUUGUCUAGUUAUUGGUAACACUGUAUAUGCCUUAUAUGUGUGUAGAAUUUAAUAUCAAAUGUGUGUUAAAACUUUUUGAUGGUGUAAAUUUUAUAUCUACAUAAAUUAUUUUUUAAAUUUGUUAAAGAAUCUUUUUGUACUGUAAAGUAUUUCGAAGAUCUUUCAGGAACAAUUGUUUUUAUUGCAGUAGUUUUUGUCUGUUAAUUUGUCUGACAUAUUUUCUACAUUGUAAAUAAGUCUUAUGCCAAUGGGUCCCAAUGUGCACUGGUUUUAUACUGGAAAUUCACAACAAAACUGUAGAGUGCACAAUUAUAUAGAGGUCAGCUAAUUGUUUUUGUAUUACCUGUUUUUACUAUGAAGUUAAUAAAUAUUUUAAAUGUGCCAUCAAAAA